GCGCUUCAAGCUCCGGCGUGUCAUGAAAAUAUGGUCAAGGUCGGUGCCUACAUCCUCGGUGAAUUCGGCAACCUGAUCGCCGGAGAUCCCCGAUCUGCACCCAAUGUUCAGUUUGAUCUGCUGCACAGUAAGUUUCAUCUGUGCACACCGACCACGCGACAACUGAUGCUAUCCACAUACAUGAAAUUUAUCAAUCUAUUUCCCGAGAUCAAACCCCAAAUCCAAGAUGUCCUCAUGAAUGACAGUAACUUGCGUAGCUCCAACAUCGAGAUCCAACAACGUGCAGUCGAAUAUCUGGCGCUGUCUCGUACCGCCUCCGAUGACUUUUUGGCAAAAGUCUUGGAGGAAAUGCCACCAUUCCCUGAACGCGAAUCUAGCAUCUUGGUGAAACUGAAAGCACGCAACCCUAAUUCUGAGCACACCAAUACCACAAAACCGGAUCCGAGUGCGCGAUCGGAGACGAUGCAGUCGGUCAAGAACGACCUUGUCCAUCCGAAUUCGAAUGCCACACUUGGCGGGGAAGUGGAUCUGCUCGGUUUGGGUUCCCUCAGUCCGGCCAUACCCGCCCAAGGGACCGGAAUGCAAAAUAAAGGUACACCAUUUGCUGGAGACAAUCUACUUGUCGAUAUUCUUGGCACAAAUGGCACAACAGAAAAUGGAACUGCGGCUACCGGACUCAUGCAAGCUGAUCUGUCAGCGGCAGCUGUGAACAAGAAGGAGUUUGUAAACCUCAUUUGUCGAACAAGUGGAAUUCUGUACGAGGAUCGUAUGAUCCAAAUUGGAUUUCGGUCACAGUCCAAUCGACAUCUAAGCAGACUUACUUUGUUCUACGGGAACAAAUCUCCUCAUGCAUUGACCAGCUUCCAAACACAAAUACACUGUCCUGAGACGUCUGAUCUGACUGGGACCGGUCGAGCCCUCAAUAUUGAGUUGCAACCAGGCCCGAACACUAUCGAGCUGGACGCACAGGUGCAACAGAUUAUUAAUGUGGAAUGCUAUCAGCCGUUCACGGAAUGCGCCGUUUUGUCCUUAUCUUUUGAACCUGGGCAAGAAAGUCAGAAAAUUUUCCAUGCGCAAUUCGCCAUGGAUCCGACCCUAGUCAAAAACAAAUUAUUAGGUUUUGGAAUCAGUGUGCUACAAGGUAUCGACCCGAAUCCGCAAAACUUUGUCGGAGCGGGUAUUUUGACAGUCAGCACUCAGGAAAUUGGGAUUUUGGUGAGACUGGAACCAAACACCCAAGCGCAGCGUCACCUUGGCACGUUUCGGUACUAUCUAGUACCACGAUUCGCCAAUAAACGUUUACGACUCCCACGAGUGAUUUUGUCUACCUCGGGCAACGAGACACUAGGAGGUCGCGCGGAAUUUGCGAUUCAUAGGAAGACUUAUCGGCAGGCGUUCACAUUUUGUUAG